AUGCCAGAUUAUUUAGGCGACGACCAGAGAAAAAUUAAAGAAGAGGAGAAAGAGGACGCACCCAUUAGAGCUUUGGACGAAGGAGAUAUCGCCCUUCUGAAAACCUAUGGGCAGAGCACUUACUCGAGGCAAAUCAAACAAGUGGAAGAUGACAUUCAGCAACUGCUCAAGAAAAUCAAUGAACUCACAGGCAUUAAAGAGUCGGACACAGGCCUGGCUCCUCCGGCGCUGUGGGACUUGGCUGCGGACAAGCAGACUCUGCAGAGUGAGCAGCCCCUGCAAGUGGCCAGGUGCACAAAAAUCAUCAACGCUGACUCAGAGGACCCUAAGUACAUCAUCAAUGUCAAACAGUUUGCAAAGUUUGUGGUGGACCUAAGCGACCAGGUGGCUCCGACAGACAUCGAGGAGGGGAUGAGGGUCGGUGUGGACAGGAACAAGUACCAGAUCCACAUCCCACUGCCCCCCAAGAUCGACCCCACCGUCACCAUGAUGCAGGUGGAGGAGAAGCCCGAUGUGACCUACAGCGAUGUUGGAGGCUGCAAAGAGCAGAUUGAGAAACUUAGGGAAGUGGUGGAGACGCCCCUGCUGCAUCCAGAGCGUUUUGUGAACCUGGGCAUCGAGCCUCCCAAAGGCGUGCUGCUGUUCGGACCCCCAGGCACUGGCAAGACCCUGUGUGCCCGGGCCGUGGCCAACCGCACUGAUGCCUGCUUCAUCCGCGUUAUCGGAUCUGAGCUUGUGCAGAAGUAUGUGGGAGAGGGGGCGAGAAUGGUCCGUGAGCUCUUUGAGAUGGCGCGCACCAAGAAGGCCUGCCUCAUCUUUUUUGAUGAAAUCGACGCCAUUGGGGGCGCGCGCUUUGACGACGGUGCUGGCGGGGACAACGAGGUGCAGAGGACCAUGCUGGAGCUCAUCAACCAGCUGGACGGUUUCGACCCCAGAGGAAACAUCAAGGUCCUGAUGGCCACAAAUAGACCAGACACCCUGGACCCAGCACUGAUGAGACCUGGACGCCUGGACCGUAAGAUCGAGUUCAGCCUUCCUGACCUCGAGGGGCGCACUCACAUCUUUAAGAUCCACGCACGCUCCAUGAGUGUGGAGAGAGACAUCCGCUUUGAGCUGCUGGCCCGACUCUGCCCCAACAGCACAGGAGCUGAGAUCCGCAGCGUGUGCACAGAGGCUGGCAUGUUUGCCAUCAGAGCGCGCCGGAAAAUCGCCACAGAGAAGGAUUUCCUGGAGGCUGUGAACAAAGUAAUCAAAUCUUACGCCAAAUUCAGCGCCACUCCUCGAUACAUGACAUACAACUGA